CCGUGCGCCUGCCAGAACCUUUGUGAGGCCGGAACCAAUAUGCUGUGCCUCGAUGGCGGCCGGAGGACUGUUUUGGAGGACCACCAAGUCUGUGAGAAGGGUUGGUCGGGACAGUUCCGGCGGGAGAAGGCGGCAGUGAGGUCCUCGUCUUCGUCUCCUGAGAUGCACCGACAGAAUUUUCGACCCCCGACUCCUCCCUACCCCGGCGCGGGUGUAGGAGGUUGGGGUAGCGGGAGCAGCUUCCGGGGUACCCCGGGCGGAGGCGGACCGCGGCCGCCCUCCCCUCGGGACGGGUACGGGAGUCCGCACCACACGCCGCCGUACGGGCCCCGGUCUAGGCCCUACGGGAGCAGCCACUCUCCGCGACACGGCGGCAGCUUCCCGGGGGGCCGAUUCGGGUCUCCGUCCCCUGGCGGCUACCCUGGCUCCUACUCCAAGUCCCCCGCGGGGUCCCAGCAGCAAUUCGGCUACUCCCCAGGGCAGCAGCAGACCCACCCCCAGGGUUCUCCAAGGACAUCUACACCAUUUGGAUCAGGGCGUGGUAGAGAAAAAAGAAUGUCUAAUGAGUUGGAAAAUUAUUUCAAGCCUUCAAUGCUUGAAGACCCUUGGGCUGGCCUAGAACCAGUAUCUGUAGUGGAUAUUAACCAACAAUACAGCAAUACUCAAACAUUCACAGGCAAAAAAGGAAGAUACUUUUGUUAACAUUUCUGAAAUUCACCCGGAAGCUUCAUGUGUCAGGAACAUCUUGGACAAACCUUUUACUCCUGUAAUUAAGUUGAACCCUAAGAUGGUGACUUUGAAUAAUUAGUUGAGUCUUCUUGGUAUUUUUCAUCUUAUCAAGUAUUGUUGAGAUUAGAGAAGACAUACAGUAGAGUAAUUUGCAAUAUUUAGCUCUUUGGAAGUGCCUACCACAUUUUAGAAGAUUCACAGUUUCCAAAUAUUUAACGUUCAUGGUUAUAUAAUGGACAUUUGUCUUUCAAUGGUUUUCCAAUGUUUUAAAAUAAAACAUUUUGUCUUUCUAGA